AUGGGCCGGGCCCCGCCGGGCGAGCGCCGGCCGCCCAGCCCCGGCCCCGCCGCGCCGCCCGCGCCCUCGCCGCGCCGCGCCCGCGCCCUGGCCCUGCUCGGGGCCCUGCUGGCCGCGGCCGCGGCCGCCGCCGCCCGCGCCUACGCCCGCCACGCCGAGGCCCAGGCGGCCGCGCUGCAGGAGUCAGCCCUGAAGGCCCUGGGGACUGAAGGCCUCUUUCUCUUCUCCUCCUUGGAUGCCGACCGGGACAUGCACAUCAGCCCGGAGGAGUUCAAGCCCAUCGCUGAGAAGCUGACAGGGUCCACGCCUGUGGGCAGCUACGAGGAGGAGGAGGAGCUGCCCCCUGACCCCAGCGAGGAGACACUCACCGUAGAAGCCCGAUUCCAGCCUCUGCUCCUGGAGUCCAUGACCAAGAGCAAAAAUGGGUUCCUUGGGGUCUCCCACCUGGCCCUCUCCGGCCUCCACAACUGGACAACCGCAGCCUCGCCAAGCGCAGUGUUUGCUGCCCGCCACUUCCGACCCUUCCUUCCUCCCCGGGGCCAGGUGGAGCUGGGCCGGCCCUGGUGGAUCAUCCCCAGCGAGCUCAGCAUCUUCACCGGCUACCUGUCCAACAACCGCUUCUACCCGCCGCCACCCAAGGGCAAGGAGGUCAUCAUCCACCGACUCCUGAGUAUGUUCCACCCUCGGCCCUUCGUGAAGACGCGCUUUGCCCCUCAGGGGGCCGUUGCCUGCCUGACUGCCAUCAGCGACUUCUACUACACCGUGAUGUUCCGGAUCCAUGCAGAGUUCCAGCUCAGCGAGCCCCCCAACUUCCCCUUCUGGUUCUCACCUGGCCAGUUCACGGGUCACAUCAUCCUCUCCAAAGACGCCACCCAUGUUCGUGAAUUCCGGCUCUUCGUGCCCAAUCACAGGUCUCUGAACGUGGACAUGGAGUGGCUGUACGGAGCCAGUGAGAGCAGCAACAUGGAGGUGGACAUUGGCUACGUGCCGCAGAUGGAGCUGGAGGCCACGGGCCCCUCAGUGCCCUCUGUGAUCCGGGACGAGGACGGCAACACAAUCGACAGCCGCCUGCCUUCGGGGGAGCCCCUCCAGUUUGUGUUUGAAGAGAUCAAGUGGCAGCAGGAGCUGAGCUGGGAGGAGGCUGCCCGGCGCCUAGAGGUGGCCAUGUACCCUUUCAAGAAGGUCACAUACCUGCCGUUUACCGAGGCCUUUGACCAAGCCAAGGCCAAGAACAAGCUGGUGCACUCGAUUCUGCUGUGGGGGGCCCUGGACGACCAGUCCUGCUGAGGUUCAGGGCGAACUCUCCGGGAGACAGUCCUGGAAAGUUCGCCCAUCCUCGCCCUCCUCAACGAGAGCUUCAUUAGCACUUGGUCCCUGGUAAAGGAGCUGGAAGACCUGCAGAACAACCAGGAGAACCCAGCCCACCGGGAGCUGGCCAGCCUGCACCUGGAGAAGUACAGCUUCCCCGUGGAGAUGAUGAUCUGCCUGCCCAAUGGCACCGUGGUCCACCACAUCAACGCCAACUACUUCUUGGAUAUCACCUCCAUGAAGCCCGAGGACGUCGAGAACAACGUCUUCAGCUUCUCGUCCACCUUUGAAGACCCGUCCACGGCCACCUACCUGCAGUUUCUGAGGGAGGGUCUUCGGCGCGGCCUGCCCCUCCUCCAGCCCUAGAGUCCUCCAGUGAGGAGCCAGGCCGGUAGGGAGCCAGAAAGAUGGGCCUUCGCCUCAGAGCCAGUGUCCUCACACAUUCAGACUUCAGCCCCCGCUGCCCCAGGCUGUCUGUGGGGUCACACCUAGCUUUGCCCAGGUGCUGGGGGGUAGGCCAGGGCCUGCCUGGGCCAACGGGGUGGGUGGCCCUCUGGCACUGGCUGCUACCAUCCACCUUUUACUUCCCACCUGGCUCCAGAAGCUGCCUAGGAUCCCCCAAACAGGGCCUGGGUCAUCUCCCUGGACCUCACCCACUCAGGCACAUAGUCCAGGUCCUUCUGGGAUGACCAGUAGAGAGAAAGGGCACUAGGAAGUCACAGGCACCCCUCUCUCCUUACUGGGCCAAAGAAAACAUCAAGAAUCUGUCCCUUGGUGCAGAAGUCAAGGGUCAGGGUUAUGGGGGGAAGGGGGGCUGCCAGCAAAACACUCGUUUAUCUGGAACCUUCCUGGCCACAGUUCUGGCUGCCCUGCUGCACUGGUGUCCCCCACCGGUCAGUCUCAGCUGAGGGCAGCCUCCUGGAGGCUCUGGGCAGAACCCUCCUUCAGGAGAGCGUGUACCACUACCCCUGGGGCUCCCCAGACCACUCAACCUGACCCACUGAUAGGACCCCAGAAUCUGUCUCAUGACUGCUGUAGGCCAGCUAUCUGGGGAGCUGUGUGGUAUAGUAGGGAUCUGUCCUUAGUGGAGUCCACUGAGUGACCCCUGAGGCCCAAGGCCAAGGCCCCCUACCACCUAUCCCAGCUCGGAUGCACAGUAGGACUGCUGGAUCCAGGCCCCAUGACACCUGCCCUGACCUCAGUACCACAGCAGUGUAGCCCCGCUCAGGGUCGGAGCCUCCCAGAGCCAGCACCAUCCUGGCCGCCAGGGCAGCCCAGACCAGCUCGUCCACCUCUGGGUGGCCGCUGACUCUCAUUGGCCACUCAUGGACCUUGGCCCAUGUCCCAGGCAUGGACGGUGGUCAGUCUCUUUUUUUAUAUGUGCAGAAAAUUGUUUUUAUGUGAACUUUCUCACAGUUUGUAGGUAUUUUUGAUAAUCCCAGUACCGAGGAGAAAUAAGGGGCACUGGUUUCCCCCGGCAGCUGCCUCGUGAUGGCUGGAUCUGAAAUCCUAGGUGGGUCCGGCUUGAUGUCUUGCAGUUGCACCUGUGGGAAGAAACCGUCCUCUCUUCUUUCUCCUCUUCCAGGUUUUCUAAAAGUCCUCAGAGCAAUAGUGUUCCCCAUGUCUAUCCUUGUCCUCCGCUCAGGCCCACAAGGGCCGUCAGGCUUUCAUUAAAGUCUUGAUGCCAGGCCUGCCCUCCUGCCCCACACUCACCGAUGCCCCCCACACCUCCCAGAAGCUCACUCUUGAACUGGAAAAGGGGGGAAGGCAGACAGAUCUUCACAUUCCCCGGCCUCCCAUGCUGGCCCCUGCCUGCCACCAGGGCCUGCUCACAGCCGACCUUGUUCUCACCUCUGUGUGAGGUAGAGCAACAGUGGCCAGUGACCACGAGACUGGCCAUCAAGGCCCUUCGUAAAAAAUGACACUUGUUUUUUCAUUUAAUCCUUACAACCAAGCUGUGAGGUGACUAGUAACGGUUCCCGUUUUGUAAGUGAAGAAGCUGAGCCUCAGGGAAGUGACGCUGAGGCUUAGCCUGUAUCUUGACUUUGAAGUGCUUGAUGUUGCACUGCAGCCCGACCCUUCCCCCCUGUCUGUAGCCACAGAGAUGAAAAACCUUCAAACCAGAAUGUCUCUCGUUGUCCUCCAGCCUUCAGAUCAGGUGAGGUGGGAGCCAGCGAGCUAGGCUGCGCUUCCAUGCCCCUUACGGGGGAGGGCGCCUAAGCCUACUGGGUGCUUCCAGACACGAGCGGGUGGAGGGCAGUGGCAACCAAAUGGCCCUGCUGUGCUGGGCCGGGAAGGCUGGCUCCACUUGCAUAAUCUUGGCCCUAUGGAAGGCGCUGACUGGAGGGGGGUUUCCUGUAUCUUCAUCCAAGGCCUCUGCCUGACCCCCCCACUGUGCCCCCAGCUGUCCUUGUCACCUCUUUGCCACUUUCCGCCCAUCCCCAACAUGUUCUAUAAUAAAACUGGAGGAAUGAGGGUGGUUCUAAGUGCCUUGCCUUUGAGCGGGGUGUUGUUCAGUUGUGUCCUCCUUGGCUGGACUGCUGGGAUGGGCCUGGUGGAUGGUCAAGGAAGCUUGGCUGGAACGCCCCUGGGGACUAUCUUACCCAUCCCUAUAGGGCUGCAGUGAUUUACUUAAAGGCGUGACAGGCCAGUAGAAGUUACUAUUCUUAGAAGGGGGAGGAGAAAAUCUGGCACUCUGUAUUGAGAAAGAUUUUCUGAAGUUAAAUCUGUUGUCUUAGAAUCAGAGCCUGAGAUAGGCAUUAGGUCAUUCUAAGGUGUGCACUUCAGGGAAGCCUGUGCAGGAGCUGAGGCAGAACUGAAACGGGAAUACUGAGCAGGGAUAUAGUCUUAAAGCUUAGCCCUGCGCUGGACCCAGGGGAACGACCCGGGGGCCAUAAACCACACCCCAGAGCUGAACUGGCCUCUGGCCUCCCCCUUGGUCCUUGCCUUGGGGGUCUGGGGCUGUGGAGUGCAUCCCAAGUUGGGGCCUCCAUGCUCCCUCCUGCAAGAGCAAUUUUCAGGAGAAGGGGAUAGCUGCGAGCAGCCAACAGUGGCCAGGGAUGGAUAUACUGGCAGGCCAGAGGGACAGCCUGGGUGCAGGCACAGCAUCUAGCAGCCACACAGAGGGAGCAAAGCUAGAGCUGCCUGCAAAGCCCACCCUUGCCAGGAACGUGCAACGAUUAAAGCCACGCUUUGCCCUCCUGGAAAGGGCUAGACCUGGAAGUCAACCUUCACCAUGUGGAAAUAUGGUGGGAUCAGGCUGGAAAACUGAGGUCUCCUGCCAGGACCAGCUACAUAAUUUCCCCCAGCCAGUGCAAAAUGAAAAUGCAGAGCUCCUGGCUUAAAAAAAAUGAAUUUCAUGAGGGCAAGAGCAGAAUAUUUAAAACAAGAGCACAGAGUUCUGAAUGUGAGGGCCUGUGCAUCCGCGUAGGUUGUCGCCCAGGAAGCCAGCCUGCCCCUAGCAGCUACAACUUGAAGGCUUGGAAACCAGCACCCUUCAGCCUGGGAGCCAGGCGCGGCAUCCUGAGGGUAGAAGCAGGAAUGUGACCCAGGCCUGAUGCCAUGGAGACCAGGGCCUUGAGGCAGAGCGUGGGGGCGUGUGGAAUGAUGUGGUCUCCCUCAGUGUCUUUGGGGUCUUGCCCAGUAAUCCACCCAUCUGACCAACUCAGAUACCAUGGGGGUGUGUGUGUGUGUGUGUUAACUGACGGCUAAAAUGAGAGGAAGCCACAGAGUGCGGGAGGGAAACGGACCCACUCUUGCUGGGGA